GCGCGCCGCUUCAGCGAAGGCAGCAGCUGAGCGCGGCACCGAAGGACUCGCACUAAACACGAAAAGCUGACAAGAACCGCGGGAUUAUUGCGCCGAUCUGACAUCACGCGUGGGCCUUUUCCCCUGUCGAUUGUUCCUACAGAGAAUGCGACAACGGAGGACGUAUACCCGCGCGCGCACACGCGCGAGUUGUGGACUCUGCGGCGUCGAUGACGUCACAGCCGCCGGUGCGUUCUGAGAAUAGACUUCUAGGAAAUGACCCUUUUUUAAAAGAAGCCUUUCCUCUCUCAUUCGCACAUUCGAGACACACUCCAACCGCACACUUUUGUCUCCUUUUUUUUUUGUGCGGACACAUUUCUCCUUCAACUCAAGAACGCGCGGACAUAUUUUCAUUGAUGUCUUUUUGUUGGCCGUAAUUUAUUUGCUUCCAUCCAUCCAUCCAUUUUUUCUACCGCUUGUCCCUUUAUGUUCACAAUUACGUCGAAGUUUGACUUUUUCCCCAGGACUUUUUUUUUUUUUUUUUUUUUUUAAUAUAUAUACAAAGAAGUAAACCGACUGGAUGAAACUCGGUGGAUUGAAGAAAUAGUAAAUAUACAAUAGUAUACACUGUAAUAGUAUGAUUCUCUGUGUACCAGGUCCCCGAGCUCUUUUGCCCGCGGCUCCAUCUACUGAGGCGCCCCAGAGGGGCAUGCGGGCGGGCACAGGGGCAGCGAUGCCUUGUCUUCAGAGCAGCUCGCCGCUGUGGGACCCCACCAAAGACUUGCGUGCGAUUGCGAGCAACUUUUGCUACCUGGAAACGUCAGGUAUGAAGACUGUUUGCAUGUCAGUUUUGCGACUGAAAGUAACAUUGAUGCCUGUGUUUGUGUGUGCAGGAUGGUACUGGGGGGGUAUAAGUGCAGCUCAGGCCCACAAUGCACUUCAAGGGGCCUCGGAGGGGGCUUUUUUGGUACGGGACAGCAGCCACCCUCUAUACAUGCUUACACUGUCGGUCAAGACAGCGCGGGGUCCCACCAGCAUACGCAUCCAGUACAGCUGCACUCAGUUCUUGCUGGACUGCAGCUCCCCGGCCAGACCGAGCCUGUCGUCCUUCCCCGACGUGCCCAGCCUGGUGCAGCACUACAUGGGCUCAGAAAGGAGACCGGAAGACGGGCGGGCGGCGGAGCAGCAGGCUCUCUCCAAGGCGAGCGUCCAAGAUGAGGCGUCGUCGUCGUCGGUAGUGCUGAAAUUAAAGCGGGCCGUGUACAAGCCCCAGAGCCUGCCGUCCCUGCAGCACCUCACUCGCCUGGUCAUCAACAGGCACUCAGACCACUGCGCCCAGCUACCACUCCCUCGGCCACUCCUGCGCUUCUUACAGGAAUAUCCCUUCAAGGUGUGACAAACAGGUUAUUUUCCUAAACCUGGGAAUGACAAUGCUGCUCUGGAACAUGGCGGAGGAGGACGUCAAAAAAGGUUGGACACAGGGUUAUUAUUUUUAUGUAACACUUCACUUUAUAUCCUCCUCUGUGAGUGAGUGUGUCACAUUUGGACUGGAUUGCAUUAUUUGUACAUACAGUGGUUCUAUUUACACACCGUUGCCAUUUUAUUUUUCUCAGUAAAUGAUUUUUCUACCUUUUA